UUGAGGGUAUUUCUAACCCUAACCAUCAGGGACCAAAUCGCUGGGAUUGUAAAAAAAAAAAAAAAAAAAAAAAUAUCAUUCUGCUCCCCCUUUUUUCUUUCAGUCUUUCCCUCAGUUUAUCUCUGUGAGACGGAGCAGCAGCACAGCUUUACGAACCAACGAGGCAUCCAGCAGCAAGCAGCGAGGCAAGCAGAAUGCAAGGAAUCUAUCCCCUUGUCUCAGACAAACAGCACAACUAAGAGCGAGAGGGAGAGAGAGAGAGCGAGAGGGAGAGAGAGAGAGGGAGGGAGACCGAAAGAGAGAGAGAGAGAGAGAGAGGGGGAGAGCGAGAGAGAGAGGGAGGGAGACCGAGAGGGAGAGAGAGAGAGCGAGAGGGAGAGAGAGAGACAACACAGGAGAAGAUUUAAAGGGCUGCUGUUGCUGCAGCUGUGAAAGAAGGUUCCUGUUCUGCUGAUACCCCAGGUGUUCUGCUACCCUACCCUGUGAUACCCUCUGCCUGUUGUGACUGUCCCUGUCACCUCAUUCCCUGGGAGAGAGAGAGAGAGAAAAGGAAGAAGGACAGAGAGAGAAACAACACUAAAGAUUUAAAGAGCUGCUGGUGUAGAAGACAAGAUACUGUCCUUCCCUGUCCUCUCCUGUCCUCUCCUGUCCUGCUGCCUGCCUAGAGGCUGAAGCUGAGAGUCUGAGGGCCAUGGUGAAGAUGUCUGGAGCUGACCUGGUACCUGGAGCUCUGCUACCCUGCCUCUGCACCCUGCUCUGCCUGAACCUGCUCCUCCUCCCUGGGACCGUCGAGCCGGGGGUACCCCUGGAGGACUUCUACCCCUUUGGCCAGGACUCGGGGGACUCCCAAACCAUCUCCCAGGACGAUGGCGGCUCGGGGCUGGUGGAGAUCUCUGUUGCAUUCCCCUUCUUCGGUGACAGGCACUCUGGACUCUACGUGAACAACAACGGCCUCGUCUCGUUCCUCAGAGAGGUGUCUCAAUUCACACCUGUAUCGUUUCCCAUCGCCGGAGACCGGAGGGUUGUGGCGCCGUUCUGGGCUGACGUGGACAACAGGCGGGCGGGGCAGGUCUUCUACCGGGAGAGUAAAGACCCGUCUGUCCUCCUGAGGGCCACAGCUGACGUCAGACGACACUUCUCCGAGUUCCCAGAGUUCAGUGCGACGUGGAUCCUCAUCUCAACGUGGCACAAAGUCACCUUCUUUGGAGGAAGUGACAUCACACCGGUGAAUACCUUCCAGGUCAUACUGAUCACCAACGGAGAGGUAUCCUUCACCAUCUUCCAGUAUCACGAGAUCACCUGGACCACAGGCAUGCACGCCAGCAGUGGAGGAGACCUGGCAGGGCGAGGAGGCAUCGCUGCACAGGCAGGUUUUAACGCUGGCGACGGGAAACGCUACUUCAACAUCCCGGGGUCUCGUACUGAUGAUGUCGUGGAUGUGGAGGGAACCACCAACGUGGGUUACCCCGGGAGAUGGGUGUUCCGGAUCGACAAUGUCCAGGUGGAGGUGGGCGGAUGUAACGACUCCGCAUCGGUGUGUCCACACCUUCGACCCUGUCUGAACGGAGGUCGCUGUAUAGACGACUGCAUCACCGGCAACCCUUCCUUCACCUGCUCUUGUCUGGCUGGCUUCACAGGACCCCGGUGCCAGAUAGAUGUAGAGGAGUGCUCGUCAUCUCCAUGUCAGAACGGAGGUACCUGCUCAGACCAGGUUAACGGCUUCAUCUGCCAGUGUCCACCUGGGUUUACAGGGACAGUCUGCCAAACAGAUGUAGAGGAGUGCUCGUCAUCUCCAUGUCAGAACGGAGGUACCUGCUCAGACCAGGUUAACGGCUUCAUCUGCCAGUGUCCACCUGGGUUUACAGGGACAGUCUGCCAAACAGACAUAGAUCAGUGUGUUUCCCAGCCUUGUCUGAAUGGAGGGGACUGUAGAGACCAGGUGAAUGGUUAUACCUGCACCUGUCCUGCUGCCUUCACCGGGACACACUGUGAGACAGAGUUGGCGGUGGUCCGUGUCACUUCAUCAUCUACUCCUCCAACUGAAAAUCGAACAGUGUCCUGUGAGGGGGAGGGCUGUGACAAACACCAGAUCUGUGAACACACCGGCUCUGGGAGUUACAACUGCACAUGUACCCAAGGAUUCUAUGGUGACAACUGUGAAGAGGAGUGUCUGUGCCAGAAUGGUGGCGUCUGUGUGGAAGUGAAUGGGACCUGUGACUGCUCCUCAGGCUUCACUGGACUCUACUGUCAGUUUGAGGUGACCCAGACCCCAUGCAGCAACAGCAGGCCGUGUCCUGACGGAGGACCCUGUCUGGAGUAUGGAGGAACCUACCUGUGUACCUGUCAGACAGGUGUGGCAGACCUAGAUCACAGGGACUUCUAUCCUCCCUAUGUACAGCCUCGAUCGGUCUGUGAUUCGUCUCCGUGUCUGAACGGAGGUCAGUGCUAUGAGAGGGAUGGAGGCUACACCUGCGAGUGCAAGCAUGGAUACAGAGGGAAGCACUGUGAGAAAGUCAGACUCAAUACCUGUGCCUCUGGCCUGUGUCGUAACGGAGGGUCCUGUAAAGAGGAGGCAGGGAGCUACCUGUGUGUCUGUCCAUACAGGUUCACUGGUAAACACUGUGAAGUGGGGAGGCCAGACCCGUGCUCCUCCAGCCCCUGUCUGAACGGAGGAACAUGUUUCCACUACAUCGGGAAGUACAAGUGUGAAUGUUCCGGAACCUUCAGCGGGAGACACUGUGACAUCAGCAGGGGAUCAGCACACUCCACAGCAGACCUGGACUGUGGUCCCCCUCUGCAGGUGAAGCAUGCAGAGCUCCAGUUCUCCUCUACGUUGCCAGGCUCCAUGGCGCUGUACGUGUGCCACCCAGGAUACACCCCCAUGCCUAGGGCCACCCAGAGCAUCUGUGGGGGGCAGGGGGCCUGGAGCCAACCUCCUGUCUGCCAGGAGAUCAACGAGUGUUUGUCCCAGCCUUGUCUGAAUGGAGGGACAUGUCGGGACAGGGUGGCGACCUACCAGUGUGCAUGUGACCAAGGCUUCAGUGGAAACCACUGCCAGACAGAUGUGGAUGAGUGUGUGUCGGAGCCCUGUAAGCACGGAGGAACCUGUGAGGAUCAGCCUGGAUCCUACUACUGUCACUGCCAGCAGGGUUUCAUGGGACGAGACUGUGAAAUAGAGCAGGACGGGUGUGAGUCCAGCCCCUGUCUGAACGGCGGCGUGUGUCGUGGCUACAGGCGAAACCACCUGUGUGUCUGUAAAGAAGGUUUCUUCGGGGAUCGUUGCCAGUCGUUGGACAAUCCCUGUGUACUGCAGCCGUGUGGGAACAGAGGUCUCUGCCAGAGCAACAGGAGAGGGAACUACAGCUGUACUUGCAGAGUGGGACACACAGGCAAGGACUGUGAGAGAGACCUGUUGCCUCCCUCUGGUCUGCAUGUAUUACGGGUGGAGGAGGAUGAGGUGGAGCUGCACUGGGACCUGCCGGCCCCUUCCUCUCAGAGCCUGUUCAGUGGCUUUGCUGUGACCUACGCCCCUCUGGGUCUCCCGGGCCGUGGCAGCGGAACCAGGAAGACCGACUUCCUGGACAAGAAGCAGUCCACCUAUCAGCUUCAGGGCCUGGUCCCCGGCCUGCUAUACAACAUCUCUACAUUCUCAGUGAGACGAAACACCAACAGCAACGAUAUCAGCCAGCCAGCCAUCGCUCUCAUACGCACCCGGCCGCGGCGGGUGGACCAGCUGCAGGUUGUCAACGUAUCGUCCUCCCAGGUAUGGCUGAGGUGGCUGCUGCAGGCUACUCAUCACGCAGCUGUCAGCCAGGUGCGCCUCUCCCUGGUCCCCUCAGAUGACAGUGGAUCUCGUACCGCCCUGGUCAACACCAGUACCACGGAGUACGCAUUCAGUUCUCUGCUCCCUGGUCAGAUGUACACGGUGGAUGUUCUAACUCAGAGUGGUAUCAGACCAGACGAGUCGCCGUCCACCAGUCACUCUGCUGGACCGCUGCAAAUCUGGACCAGGCCCCUCCCCCCUCAGAACCUGUCUUUGGCACAUGUGACCUCCAACUCUGCCCUGGUGACGUGGGACCACCAUCCCAGGAACCUGCCAGACGGCUUCGUGGUCAAUGUGACGCGAGGCCUGAGCACCCGGAGUCGCUUCCUACCCAAUGGGAAGUUAGAGACGUAUACCCUGAGAGAGCUUUCUCCGGGACAGCACUACCACCUAGCUCUCACGGCUGUUAGGAACACGGGACAGGAACAGAUUCACAGCGUACCACAGCACCUGGCCUUCACCACAUUAUCGAUGGAGGAACGAUGGGGAGGGAGGACGAGGGGGAGACCGUCUGUCGUGGGCCAGGGAACCCCUGUGAGUCAUACACUAGCCCCGUCUGAACCUCAGGACCUGGGGGUGGCUGGAGAGAGAAUGCUCUCUGAAGAGAUGCCCAGAUACACAGAGCUGAUUGAUGGUAGAGGGAAGAUAACAGCUAAGUUCUCCAAACUGCCCAGAAAGGCCAUCAGACACCGCACUAAACCCGAGCCCCCCAUUCAGCUAGAGAGGAUGGAGGAGACAACCAAUAAAAUCAGCCUUGCACUAGAGAUCCAGAGGAAGGAGGAAGAGGAGGAGUCCAAGAGAAAACCUGAGUCGUCCCAGGACUGCCAGAGUCUGCCCUGCCUGAACGGGGGUACGUGUGCGAAGGGCGGCGACUCCUACAUCUGCGACUGCGUAGCCGGAUUCAAGGGCAGGCAGUGUGAGCUGUUCUGCCAGCGAGUGCCCCACCCGUGUACCCGCCUCUACUCUGAAACCAAGAGCGUGCCCAUCUGGGUGGGUGAAGUCUGCCAUUACCUGUAUAAAAUAACGUAUAAAGUCCAGCAGGAUAUUUGCUAUCGAGAGAUCUGUGGACCACCACUGCUUCCCAAGAAAAGCCCCAACAGAAGAACUAACAGACAACAUUAAUGAAAGCUAAUCUUGGAUGACCCAUGUUGCCCAGAGAUUGGCCUGUUGGAUGACCCAUGUUGACCCAUGUUGCCCAGAGAUUGGCCUGUUGGAUGACCCAUGUUGACCAGAGAUUGGCCUGUUGGAUGACCCAUGAUGACCCAUGUUGCCCAGAGAUUGGCCUGUUGGAUGACCCAUGUUGACCCAUGUUGCCCAGAGAUUGGCCUGUUGGAUGACCCAUGUUGCCCAGAGAUUGGCCUGUUGGAUGACCCAUGAUGACCCUUGUUGCCCAGAGAUUGGCCUGUUGGAUGACCCAUGUUGCCCAGAGAUUGGCCUAUUGGAUGACCCAUGUUGACCAGAGAUUGGCCUGUUGGAUGACCCAUGUUGACCAGAGAUUGGCCUGUUGGAUGACCCAUGUUGACCAGAGAUUGGCCUGUUGGAUGACCCAUGUUGCCCAGAGAUUGGCCUGUUGGAUGACCCAUGUUGACCCAUGUUGCCCAGAGAUUGACCUAUUGGAUGACCCAUGUUGACCCAUGUUGCCCAGAGAUUGGCCUGUUGGAUGACACAUGUUGACCCAUGUUGCCCAGAGAUUGGCCUGUUGAAUGACCCAUGUUGCCCAGAGAUUGGCCUGUUGGAUGACCCAUGUUGCCCAGAGAUUGGCCUGUUGGAUGACCCAUGUUGACCCAUGUUGCCCAGAGAUUGGCCUGUUGAAUGACCCAUGUUGCCCAGAGAUUGGCCUGUUGGAUGACCCAUGUUGACCCAUGUUGCCCAGAGAUUGGCCUAUUGGAUGACCCAUGUUGACCCAUGUUGCCCAGAGAUUGGCCUGUUGGAUGACACAUGUUGACCCAUGUUGCCCAGAGAUUGGCCUGUUGAAUGACCCAUGUUGCCCAGAGAUUGGCCUGUUGAAUGACCCAUGUUGCCCAGAGAUUGGCCUGUUGGAUGACCCAUGUUGACCCAUGUUGCCCAGAGAUUGACCUAUUGGAUGACCCAUGUUGCCCAGAGAUUGACCUAAUGGAUGACCCAUGUUGACCCAUGUUGCCCAGAGAUUGACCUAAUGGAUGACCCAUGUUGCCCAGAGAUUGACCUAUUGGAUGACCCAUGUUGCCCAGAGAUUGACCUAUUGGAUGACCCAUGUUGCCCAGAGGUUGACCUGAUGUAGCCGUAGCUUGAAUGAGGAUUUGGAGGAAGCUAACAAGUGGAACAUGAUUGACCCCUACAACCAUCAAUGAGAUUUGGCCCCAGAAUCAUCAAUCAUUUCUAACUAUUCUAUGUCAUAUUUUUUUUAAACAGAAUUUUCACUCAUGACGGAUGACAAAUGUACCAUAAACAGUUCACACCUGUGUAAAAUCAAAACAUUAUACAUACCUCAUGUCUCACAUACAGUGGGGCACAUAGUCAGCCACCAAUUGUGCAAGUUCUCCCACUUAAAAAGAUGAGAGAGGCCUGUAAUUUUCAUGAUAUGUACACUUCAACUAUGACAGACAAAAUGAGAAAAAAAAUCCAGAAAAACACAUUGUAGGAUUUUUAAUGAAUUUAUUUGCAAAUUAUGGUGGAAAAUAAGUAUUUGGUCAUCAACAAAAGUUUAUCUCAAUACUUUGUUAUAUACCCUUUGUUGGCAAUGACAGAGGUCAAACGUUUUCUGUAAGUCUUCACAAGGUUUUCACACACUGUUGCUGGUAUUUUGGCCCAUUCCUCCAUGCAGGUCUCCUCUAGAGCAGUGAUGUUUUGGGGCUGUUGCUGGGCAACACGGACUUUCAACUCCCUCCAAAGAUUUUCUAUGGGGUUGAGAUCUGGAGACUGGCUAGGCCACUCCAGGACCUUGAAAUGCUUCUUACGAAGCCACUCCUUCGUUGCACGGGCGGGUGUUUGGGAUCAUUGUCAUGCUGAAAGACCCAGCCACGUUUCAUCUUCAAUGCCCUUGCUGAUGGUAGGCUUUGUUACUUUGGUCCCAGCUCUCUGCAGGUCAUUCACUAGGUCCCCCCGUGUGGUUCUGGGAUUUUUGCUCACCGUUCUUGUGAUCAUUUUGACCCCACGGGGUGAAAUCUUGCUUGGAGCCCCAGAUCGAGGGAGAUUAUCAGUGGUCUUGUAUGUCUUCCAUUUCCCAAUAAUUGCUCCCACAGUUGAUUUCUUCAAACCAAGCUGCUUACCUAUUGCAGAUUCAGUCUUCCCAGCCUUGUGCAGGUCUACAAUUUUGUUUCUGGUGUCUUUUGACAGCUCUUUGGUCUUGGCCAUAGUGGAGUUUGGAGUGUGACUGUUUAAGGUUGUGGACAGGUGUCUUAUAUACUGAUAACAAGUUCAAACAGGUGCCAUUAAUACAGGUAACGAGUGGAGGACAGAGGAGCCUCUUAAAGAAGAAGUUACAGGUCUGUGAGAGCCAGAAAUCUUGCUUGUUUGUAGGUGACCAAAUACUUAUUUUCCACCAUAAUUUGCAAAUAAAUUCAUUUAAAAAUCCUACAAUGUGAUUUUCUGGAUUUUUUUUUCUCAUUUUGUCUGUCAUAGUUGAAGUGUACCUAUGAAAAAAAUGACAGGCCUCUCUCAUCUUUUUAAGUGGGAGAACUUGCACAAUUGGUGGCUGACUAAAUACUUUUUUGCCCCACUGUAUUGGCAGUUUAGUCCCUCUGCUCAGGGAAAUGUGUAUAUUGUCUGUUUCCUCACAAGCAACCCUAUUUUAAAAUCUGUAUCGAUUGAUUUAACAAUAAAUGUAACUGUUUUACCUCUUAGCCAAAAAACAUGUUCAGUAAUCAGUACUCUAAACCAACAUCACUGCUAGCUAUCAUGUAAAUAGUGUUUAUAGGCUGUUUUGUAGGUGAAUAUUUUAAUAAUUAAAAAUGUUACAAAAUGUUA